CAAGCUUAUAUAUGAUUUGUUUUCUCCAGAGAUGGCUGAAGAACAGAAUUGAGCCCCAUCUGUCACCGAGCCAGUAAUGAAGAUGCAAAAGAGGGAACAGUAGUGGGCACUGGCGAAGAAACAAGAGAUUGAUGUUAUCAUGAAGAAAAAUGCCUCGUAGCGGAAGAUUAUUUUCAAGAGACCUAAGCGUCUUACUGAGUUUUCAAUAACAACAAUGAAUCAUUACAUUAUAUUCUACUCAAGAAUGACAUCUGGUCAUCUCCACCACCUCCACCGCAGCUGAAUGAUGGCAGGUUAUUCAUGCACUUUUUCAUGACAACAAGCAUACUCGGGCAAUGCAACUCGAGCACCAGUUCCGAACCACCGUCAAGGGUACGAUGACUAUGGCCAUGUACUGUCAAACCCUGCGGAACAUUUCCGAUUGGUUGGAUGAUGUCGAUGCCCCGGUCUCUGAGUCUCAACUCGUGCUCCAAAUGCUUCGGGGGCUACCCGAAGAUCUCCAGGCGCAGACGUCAUUCCUACAAUUCCAACAAUCGCUGCCCAACUUUCUUCAGACCCGAUCAGCCCUCCUGCUCCUAGAUCGGCAACGGCAAAGCAUCGCGGACGACGCCGGGACAACCCUCCUGGCCGGCAGAACCGGCGGCCCUCCCUACGGCACAGGCAGCGGCGGCUUCGGGCGUGGCAGUGGAGCGCCUGGCAGCGGGCACAGCGGCGGCAGUGGUGGCCGCGGACCGCAGGGGCGCAACUACGGUCGUGGUGGAGGCGGCCGUGGACGUGGACGAGGAAGAAACUCUGGCUCGCAACGGCACCCGCAGGACGGCUACCUACCUUAGAACAACUCACCGCAACCCAACCCUGGCUCGGGUCUCCUCGGCCCGCGCCCACCCAACCCUACCCAUCCAAAUGCCCAUGCCUACUACACCUACAACCCUAACCCUAACCCCCCACUCCACCCCUACGGCCAAACAACCUACCCAGCCCCACACCCUCCCCACCAACCCUCCCCUCUCCCUUAAUAACGUCCUUCUCUCCCUGCAUAUCAUCCAUAACCUUAUUUCUGUUCGCCAGUUUUACGCAUGAUAAUAACUGCUCCAUUGAAUU